CACAUUUAGUGCUCACUACUCGGAUCCGAGUUGGGAGGGGGGAUAGUAGCGGUGCCGCGCACUCGGAUCCGAGUGACCGGCCUGUGCAUUUUGUAGUAGUCAGUAAGCCGCCGGCGUUUGAGGUGAGUUUAUGUUGGUUUGCGCGACCGCUCUGAAACAUAUUCAACUUACGAAAACGCGUAUUGGUUUCAUUAUAACAGUGUAAUUGUGACUUUUACACACGAUCGUAUCAAAGCUAUUUUUGCACUAAAAUGGACAAUAAGGCUGGACCGUCUGGAAGUAAAUCUACGAGUAGUUCUAGAAAAAAGCGUCGGCAAAGUGAUGACUAUGAGUCUGACUAUAGUGAUGAGGAUGUGUAUUCUCAAAGAGCUGAUGAAGACUCUUCAAGUUCAGAGGACUCUUCUAGUUGCGGCAGUGAUGAUAGUAUCUUUGAUACUAGACUGAAGCAAAAGACGACCAGCCGUGUACCACCAGCUCAACCUUCAAGGUCAUCUGCCCCAAAGACGACAAGCCAUAUACCACUAGCUCAACCUUCAAGGUCACCUGCCUCAAAGACAGUCAGCUGUGUACCACCACCUCAACCUUCAAGUUCAUCUGCAUCAAAACGUGGUUUAUGUGAGUCAGAUGGAAGGGCUAUCAUUCAAUGUAAGCGAUUAAGACCUUCAUUUAGGGAUGGCCCCACGCGUAAUAAUUCUACUCAAUCGUUGAAGUUACCAGAUCUAAAUAGUUCCUCAGCAUCGAAGUCAGCGCCUCGACUACUGGAAUUCGAUGGAGACGGUAGCUUUGAAUUCAAUUCUGAAAUUGACUGCCGUCCUACAUCGCCGAAUAUCGUACAGGACUAUGGAGAUUUUUUGCCGGAUAUACCAAUUAACCCUACCAGUUCAACACCUAGCGUAUCUCUUCUGAGAUCCGAUGCGAUCACCCCCAACCUUUCGCCAGAACGUGAUGACGUCUCUCCAUCAAUUAUGGCUGUUCGGAGAUCUGGAAGUCGUACUCCAGACUUACCCGAUGAUUUUUAUCUAUCACCCAAUAACUCACCCUCUGGUCAAGGAGCCACUACCACCUGGAGCAGUGAUCCAAGCUCCAUGAAAAGCUUAGAGUUUACUAAGGAACAGGAACUCUUAGUGCCGCCUCCAACUGAUCCUUACGAAGCAUUCCGACUAAUGAUUGAUGACGAGUUGUUAGAUCUUAUAGUUCGCGAGACCAACGCGAACGCAAUAAGAGUCGGUAAUGCACAAAACGUCAAACAAAACUCCAGAAUAAAAUCUUGGAAAGAUUUAACAAAGGAAGAACUGCUGACAUUUUUAGGACUCCUUCUUCACACAGGAACAAUUCGACUAAACCGUUUAAGUGAUUAUUGGAAACGACACUAUUUGUUUAAUAUUCCAUGCUUCGGACAAUUCAUGUCACGAAAUCGUUUUUUACUUAUUUUACGAUGCCUACACUUUACGUCUGUAACCAGUGAAGAAGACCGUCUCAAUAAAAUCCGACCAUUCAUGGAUCAUUUUAACAAUAAAAUGAAAACUAUUUACUGUCCAGGUAAAGAGCUAUCAUUGGAUGAGUCCAUGGUAUUGUGGCGCGGUCGGUUGCUGUUCCGACAAUAUAUAAAAAACAAACGGCAUAAAUAUGGCAUUAAACUCUAUGUUUUAGCAGAACCAGAUGGUACGGUCUUGAAAUUUCAAGUUUACGCCGGUGCUAAUGAUGAGACAUCAGGGCAAGGACAUAGUAGUAAGAUUGUCUUCAAACUACUAGAAGAGAGACUGGACUGUGGCCAUCAUGUAUACAUGGAUAAUUAUUAUAAUUCUUAUGGCCUGGCUGUGAAAUUGCUAGAUCGACAGACAUACUGCACAGGAACGUUAAGAAAAAACAGGAAAGAUAAUCCCGUCGAAAUUGGCUCUGUUUCACUGGAAAAGGGAGAAAACAAAUCCUUGUUCUUGAACGGCGUUCAUGUCGGAAAAUGGAGGGAUAAGCGAUACGUUCUGUAUAUUUCUACAGAACACGGUAGUGAGAUGAUGGAGACUACUUCCAAAAGAGGAUCUAUAGUAGUGAAACCAAUGGCAAUCGUUCAUUACAAUAAUUUUAUGUCGGGUGUUGAUCUUCAAGAUCAGAUGUUGGCAUACUAUCCAGUCCAAAGGAAGACGCUGCGUUGGUACAAGAAGCUGUUUGUGCAUAUGCUGCAAAUGAGCCUUACUAAUGCAUUGCACUUGUACAAUACAUUUUCGGCGAAUGACAAAUUAAAUCUAUAUGAUUUCCGUAUGAAGAUACUGGAGAAGCUUUUACCUGAUCCUAAUGAUGUAAAUCGACGCAAUGUUUUGAAAGUGAAACACGAACUCACAAAAAUAGAAAAGACCCGGACGAGAGUUAAGACAGUAGGAAGAGUCACGAAACAAACUAUCGAAGUGGUCCGAAAAGAAUGCAAAGGUUGCAAAUCACAGAAAAAAAGGGUGCAAACAAUUUAUGAAUGUAAGCAAUGUGAAGGUUCUCCAGGUUUCUGUACAAAAUGUUUCUGCCUAGCACAUUCAUAAUUGUUUUCAUUAAAUUUUAUUGUUUUGUUACCUAUGUGGUUAAAAUUUUCAGAAUAUUUUUUAUUCCUUUGUACCUUUAUGUGAGUGACUCACCUUUAUUCUGUGACAAGUUUUCAAUUAAACUUAUAAUUAUUACGUA